AUGAACACUUUCAAAAGAUCAGAUAGAACCCAAUUAGUCAGUAGUUUUAAAAAAGAUUCUUCCUUAAAUAAGGAUAAAAAGCAGAAGGUUCGAUUUGAAAAUGAAUAGGGCACACGCUUUAAAACAGAAACGGAAAAUAAUUGA